GGUUGGUCCCAUUGCUUUGAUCACAUUAUUGAUUAUACCAUUUACUUAUUAUGUCAGUGUUGGUACAGGUCAUUGAUCACAAUUUGGGCUUUAAACGGAGAGGAUGGAAACUGAAUUCUAAAUACAUUUCGGCCCAUUUAGGGUCCAUAACCUUCUACGCCAAUCAGAAGGUACGUCGACAUGAGCAACUUGGUCAAUUUUAUGACAUAAAUAAAAUAAAAAUAAAAAAAUAAAAAUCGAUCUGAGGGGUUUUAGAAAGAAAAGAAGAAAUUCGGGAGUCGGAGAAAUUGUCGGGUGGAUCGAUGAAUACUUGUCAGUUUAUGGAUAAGCAGAUAAUGGAUCUAUCUUCUUCUUCAUCUCUACCUUCCACUGAUUUCAUCGAUCUGAUGAACAAUCAUGACGGCGAUGAUCACCAGAAGAAGCAGGUGAUCGGCGAUAAUGGAUUGGACUCUAAGAAAGAAGUGAUCGUUCCUAGCUAUGAUUUCCAUCCCAUACGUCCCACCACCGCCGCACGAUUGUCUCACUCGGCUUUAGAUCUCGCCGGAUCCACGACUAGGGUUAAUUGGUCCGCCUCUGAUUAUAAACCCGUUUCCACUACUUCGCCUAACACUGUACUUACUACUACUUCUCGAAUCUUCCUCUCUUUUUUUUUUUUGUACAUGAUUCUACAUCAUAAGCCUAUAAGAGGACUUGUCUAUUUCUGAUUGAUUUGUUUUUUUUUAUUCGGCCAGAAUUUUGGAUCUCUCGAUUCUAUUGAACCUUCCAAGUUGGUUCCUGACAAGGGUCAAAAUGUGUUUAACACGACUAUUAUGUCCGAGAUUAUAGAUAGGACAAUGAAGAAACAUACCGAUACCUUGCUUCAUGUAAUGGAAGGUGUUAGUGCACGUCUUUCACAGCUGGAGACCAGAACCCACAACCUCGAGAACCUGGUGGAUGAUCUCAAAGUUUCUGUUGACAAUAGUCACGGCAGCACUGAUGGGAAAAUGAGACAGCUUAAAAAUAUCCUUGUAGAGGUGCAGAGUGGUGUGCAACUAUUGAAGGACAAACAAGAGAUUCUCGAAGCUCAGCUUUCAAAGCAUCAGGUAUCCAACCAGCAUGCCAAAACACACUCUUUACACGUUGAUCCCACUGCUCAAUCGCCCGCUCCAGUCCCUAUGCAGCAGUUUCCUCUUACUUCUUUCCCACAGCCACCAUCUUCCACUGCUGCUCCUUCCCAGCCACCUUCCUCGCAACUACCACCUCAGCUACCUACGCAGUUUUCUUCUCAACAAGAGCCGUAUUGUCCUCCGCCUAGUCAUCCUCAACCACCUCCAUCAAACCCGCCUCCUUACCAAGCUCCUCAGACCCAAACGCCGCAUCAACCAUCUUACCAGUCACCGCCUCAGCAGCCACAGUACCCCCAACAGCCACCACCAUCAUCAGGCUACAACCCCGAAGAACAACCACCAUAUCAGAUGCAAUCUUACCCGCCAAACCCUCCUCGUCAACAGCCACCUGCUGGUUCUACCCCUUCUCAACAGUUCUACAACCCUCCUCAACCACAACCAUCAAUGUACGAUGGAGCGGGUGGUAGAUCUAAUUCAGGUUUUCCGUCCGGCUACUUGUCUGAACCUUACACAUACAGUGGUUCACCAAUGUCCUCAGCGAAACCGCCACAUAUAAGUAGCAAUGGAACUGGUUACCCACAGCUCUCAAAUUCACGUCCAUUGCCACACGCUUUGCCAAUGGUUUCAGCCGUCAGCAGCGGUGGUGGCUCUAGUUCCCCUAGAUCAGAAAGCAGAGCCCCAAUCGAUGAUGUAAUCGACAGGGUGACAACCAUGGGAUUCCCAAGGGACCAAGUCAGAGCAACAGUGAGAAAACUGACUGAAAACGGCCAAGCUGUUGACCUCAACGUGGUUCUGGAUAAGUUGAUGAACGAAGGAGGAGCUCCACCUGGAGGUUUUUUUGGUGGUCGGUAGCCAUCGGUUUAGCCAACUCUGUACAGUACUUUAUAUCAGUUAUCGAUUUAAGGAUCACCUUUGUGACCAAAUAUCGAUUUCAAGAGCUUGUAAGUUGUAACCCAUUGCGACUUCAUAUAUGAUAUCAGUUUGAUGCGUAAUUCUAGAGAAUGUCUAUUACUCCUUUGUGUUUGAAGCUUGAAAGCUUGCGAUGAUCUUUUUCGUUUCUUUUCUUGUAUUUGACCAUUUG